GAAAUAAAUGAUUUUUAAGGAAAUUAUCUGUAAUCAAUUUAAACGUUUAAUAAAGAUAAAUCGAAUUACUAAUUUACUUUUUUGUUAAUUACGAAUGGUAAACAUUUUACGGACAAAUGACAUUAUUUUAUAAUAUCGCGCCAUUAUAUACUAUUCACGGUAGCGUGGUCAGGUAGGGGAAAGACUAAGACAAUAGAAAAAGAAAGAUUGUUUCGCUUUUUUCUAAGCGUCACUAGUUAGGAGAUUCCCUAUGAAUAAAGUGAUCGAAUGUUGGAAAAGACAUUGUCAACAUGAAAUCUAAACAAGAAGAAAUAGACGGUGAACGACAAAAGGAUGAAAUAUUAGCACUUUCACACAUCUACAGUUCCAAAGAAUUUUCUUAUACCAACGAAUUUACACAAUGUUACUAUAAUGUGUUUCCAAUAGUUAAAGAUGGUUUAUUGGAACUUCGGACGUUGAAUACGUCCGAUAUGAAUACGUAUGAAUAUUCUUCAGUCAGUAAAUAUUUUAUCAAAUAUUUACCCCCCAUUAGAAUGCACAUUCAACUUCCUAUUGAUUAUCCUACCAAGAGUGCUCCAAAUUAUUAUAUUACUACAUCAUGGCUUUCUUCCUGGAAAAUAUCAAUGAUUUGUCAGAAAUUAGAUGAGAUAUGGUUAAAUAAUAGAGGACAAGAAAUAUUGUUUCUAUGGUUUGAAUUUUUGAAAAACGAUCUUCUCUACUUUCUUCAAAUCAAAGACACAUUAGACAUUUCUUUUCUAUAUAUGGCAUAUUAUAAUAUAUCAAGCUAUUUUAAUUUAAAUUUAUCAUAUCAACAUGACGUAAGAGCCAUAUACGAUAUAUUAUUUUUUGAGCCAUUACAAUUUUUAAUAAGUUAUGAUGAACAACAAGAGGAAAAUGUGUUUAGCCAAAGCUAUUAUACAUGUAUUAUAUGUUUUGAUAUGUUCCUUGGAGAAAAAUGUGUAAAACUUAAAAACUGUAAUCACAUAUAUUGUGGUAAAUGUAUAGAAGAAUACAUUGCUUUAAAAAUUAAAGAAAACAAUGUAUGUGAUAUAGAAUGUCCUGUUUUGAGUUGCAAUAUUCCUAUUGCAAUUCAUGAAAUAAAAAGUCUGUGUCCAAAUUUAUUUGCAAAAUAUGAAGACACAUUAUUACAUAUAACAUUAAAAACUAUAAAAAAUUUAGUUCAAUGUCCACGAAAAUCGUGUGAAUUUUCAUUUAUAAAAGAUACAGAUGAAGAAUUAACUAUUUGUUACAAAUGCGAUUAUACAUUUUGUAGUUACUGUUACAAGGGCUAUCAUGGAGCUACCCCAUGUAUUAUGAUAUCAAACAACAUAGAAAAUCUUAUUGAAGAGUAUCAAAGUAGUAAUAAACAUCAGAAGCAAUUGUUAGCAAAGAAGUAUGGCAGAAAACAAAUACAAAUAGUUGUAGAAAAAUACUUAACAGAAAGAUAUUUAGAAGUAUCUGCUAAGCCUUGCCCAAAUUGUCAAACUAUGAUUGAAAAGAUAGAUGGAUGCAAUAAAAUGACAUGUAUGUAUUGCAAAGCUAACUUCUGUUGGCUAUGUGGUACGUGGAUUACUACAUUAAACGCUUAUGAUCAUUUUCUAUCAAUCACCAAUAAAUGUUAUAAACGUUUAUUCGACCUAUGAAUGUGGGUAACGGUUUAUCUUUAUAUAACUUUAUUAUCAGUAUUUUUAUAACGUUUUGUAUAAUAAUAUCUUUUCUCUCUAUGUAACAUGAUUACAUAAAAUAAAAUAUUCAACAUAAUAACAGAUAAAAAACCAUUGUUCAU